CGGCCGCCAGUUUUCCACAAUGGGCUCAACAACGCCUUUGGAAGAUGCCAUUCGCGCCAAGCUGACUGCAGCGCUCUGCCCUCUGACGCUGGAAAUCUACAAUGACUCGCACCUCCACGCCCACCACAAGGCCAUGGCAGGCAACAUCUCCAAGGAGACGCACUUCCGGCUAGUCAUUAUUUCCGAUGUAUUUGCCUCCAAGAUGCAGCCUGCACGCCAUCGAAUGGUCUACGCCCUGCUGCGAGAUGAAAUGGCCCUGGAGGGAGGCAUCCACGCUCUUCAGCUCAAGACUUUGACCCCUGAGGAAGAGAAGCGCCUGCAGAAGAAAAAGGCAGCCGAAGCAGCGGCCAAGGAGGAGAGCGCCAAGAAGCAGGACACCCCUACUACAGAAAAGGCCGAGUCCAAAGCCGAGCCUGCAGAUGCGUAAACUGGACAAGAAGAUGAAAAGAAAAAGAACGACAAAGGGGGGAGAGGUUCAAGCUAGGAGUUGUGGAGUGGAUUUAUCUGAUUCGCCCUCGGCGAAAACUAACUCUUCGCAUGCCAAUGGCAGGCAGCUUGGAUAUUGCAAUGAUUCCAAGCAGACACACGGCCAUCACCCACCGCCAUUUUUUCAACGCAAUGAUUUUGAUGAUAAUUGCACGACGCACCAUGAAACACUUUUUUUUCUUAACCAUUUACUUUUACGCUCCCUCUUAUCCGCCAUUCGACUUUUUUUUUUUUUUUUCUAUUCAACGCCAAACGUCAUUUUAAAAGCAAACAACUUGAAAAGUUUACGAAACUCCCUUUAUACAAGGGCAUUGGUGGCUGUGUUAUUUGAUCUUCCUUUCCACACUUCAACAUUCGACGCGCAGAGUCAAGAAAGAAAACAAACAAACAAACCCGAGAAAAAAAACUCGUUUAAAAAAAGAAAAGAGAAAAUCUUACUGGCGUUUUGCAGUAUCGCUGUGUUUUUUUGAAAAUAUUUAUUCAUAUUCUGGAAUGAGACGGAUUAGAUGGUUUUGCGAGUACUCCUCAAGGAGUCGGUUAUUUAUGUAUUCUUUUUUUAUUCUUUUUUAUUUCUCUCUCACUUGAUAACCCCUUUUUCUCCUCUGUAUAGCUUUCUCUGAUUGAUGAAAGUGAAGAAUGGGUUUUUAUUUUGUUUGCUUUUCUGAAAAUUUCUUCAUAUUCUGAUAAACUCAAACAAAUACUAUGUG